GUGGACCAACUCGGAAGUGAAUUACGGCUUUAGUGAUCGGAUCUCGUAUUUCUAAGAACGUGUUACAAAUGGAAACGGUACGUCACAAAAUCUAUCACGAAUACACUGCAACCGAUUGAGACAGUAUUCGGCUUGCACUAGACUCUCCAACUCGUGUCGAACGAUCUUCAGGCCGAAGCGAAACGAUUUGCGCUAGACUUGUUUUCAGAUAAAUACCAGGGCCGGCCCUUGCCCAUGCUCUUGCCACGAAGACGUAUGGCAAGCGUAGUACUCCUCUUCGUAUAGCAGUACUCGAGCGGUCUAUGGCGAAGCCAGACCGCAUGGUCGCCGAACUGCUCCAGCCUGGCGGCGUUAUGUCACUCAAGCAGCUUGGUCUGGAGUCAUGCCUUGGGGCCUUUGACUCUUCUCCCCUGUCAGGUUUUUACGUUAUGCGAGGGGCUGAUAAUGGCAUUUACGCUCCAUUCCCUGAAGGCCAUGAAGCGCGAGCUUUUGAACAUGGCGCAUUUGUCAUGGCCUUGCGGGACCGCGCACGGCGGGCGCCCAAUGUCGAGUUCAUCGAGACCACAGUAACCGCUCUGCUCGAGAACGAGGAUACCAAUCGCAUAAUAGGUGUCAGCGCCUGCAAAACGGGUGGUCAGCCAGAGGCAUAUUUCGCUGACCUCGUCGUUGUCGCGGACGGCGGCUUGUCCAAGUUCAGAACUGCCGUUCUCGGGCACAUGCCGUAUGAGCCUUCGCAAAUGGGUUACUUGGCAGGUCUGAUCGUCAAAGACUUGACGCUGCCAGUGGCCAAGUGUGCCACUAUGAUUGUCCUGAAACGCGCUGGACCGGUCGUUCUUUAUGAACUCCCCAACAAUGAGUGCCGGAUGCUGGUUGAGUUCAAGGAGCCACCGCCAGAUCUCAAGGAGCAUAUAUUGCGCGACGUUGUACCUCAGCUUCCGGCAUCGUUACGCGCGCCCAUUCUCAAUGCUUUGGAAACGUCGCGUUUGCGACGAGCCCCACAUUAUUACCUUCCUUCGAUGAAGCAAGGAGAAUCUAGCAAGGCAGGCGCUCUUCUAAUGGGAGAUUCAUUAAACAUGCGCCACCCGCUAACUGCGGGUGGAAUGACGGUCGCCUUGAAUGACGCAGUCAUCCUUUCUGAUCUUCUGGCCGACAUCGAGAGCUUUGGAAACUGGAAUGAGGUCUCGGCCGUCCUCCGGAAGUGGCACCAUUUGAGAAAACCGCUCGCAUCCACUAUCAAUACCAUGAGCAUGAGUUGGGCUGGCCUAUUCGCAGCAGAAGGCGAGGCGUUUGACAUUAUGCAGGAUGGAGCAUUCAAGUUUUUCGGCAAGGGUCCCGAAUAUUCCGAGGAACCGAUGGCAUUAGCAGCUGGGAUCGCUAAGUCUCCCUUACGGCU